GAGCAAGGUAGCAGCUGCUCUUCUCAACAAGCACCUCCAGAUCAACGGCAUCUCAGCUGGGCUGACGACGCUGCGGCAGUCUGUGGAUGAAGGCUUCGUGACUGACGAAAAGGCCGCGGCUGCUGCGGAAGCUGGCACCAGCAGCAAGAUGAAACGAGAGCGGAAGGCAGCCAGGACGUUGGGAAUCAUAGUAUCAGCUUUUCUUGCAUGCUGGUUACCCUUCUUUUUAUGGUACGUCAUAUCAUCCCUCUGCGGCUCCAGAAUCUGCCCCAGCCCGCCCUGGGUGGUCACCCUCGUCUUCUGGGUGGGCUACUUCAACUCCGCCCUCAACCCUCUCAUCUACGCCUACUUCAACCGGGAGUUCAGGGUGGCGUUCCGAAAGACCCUGCAGAACUGCUGCGAGGUCACAUCCAGGAUAAUAUGGUGGAAGUACUCCAGCAGGAGGAGGGAUGUCCCCAUCACCUGCAGCAAUGCCUCCAGCGAGAUGCACAACAACUAUCUCAGAGCCGAGGCUAUCAUACAGAGGUUCAACAACAUUUCGGAGCAGGAGGUUGUCAACUUGAGGCACAACGAGGCG